GCUAAAUUGAUCAUAACCUUACUUCUGGACGUCGUAGUGAUAACAGAUAAGUCAGGGUCUAGAAAGUCUCAAAGACUCCGCUCCUUACCUGUUCAUCGCAGGCUUUGUCCACUAUUUCACUAUUUCUUGAGAUGUAGCCAAUACAAUUCGUAGUAAGCCUGUACGGUAGUAACCGAACCCCAGAAUCCCCCGCCAUUCAAACAUUCACCAAUUUUGACUCACAUGUAGUCGUAUCGUAUGGUGAUAUUCUCUUUUCUUAUUUCACUUAACACACAUUCACUCCCAAAUGGCGUCAAUUGUCAAAUCAUACUAAUAAUUCAAUUCAAUUCAAUUCACCAACAAACUUAAACUUAUGAUAUUAUCUUGACCUCUCUCCCUCCAAUCAUAACGUUUCCAGGCCUCCCAAAUGGCUCCUGCAAGCCAAGAGCUAUCACACACUUGCAAACAUACAUAUAUCAUUCAAGCUUAUGAUUAUCCUAGACCCUUGAAUCUUCAGAUGUUAAAAAGCUCAAUAACUAAAACCUAGCUUACCUUGACGUCUAAGCAUUCAUACCGACUAAUAAUUGACGACUCCAUCAAUCAUCUUCCUUCCAAUUCCUCUGCCUUUCGAGGCUUGAUCUCGUUCAUCAACAAUACGCCCUUGAUAACGACCAUAUCCUCUUCAAACCGCCAUCAUGGCGACUCUCACUACUACCCUGACUGAGUCGAUCGCGACUGUCACUUCGACGAUUGCGACUACCGUCAAAGCAGCCAGUAGUGCUGCCAGCGCCACUUCUACAAAUCGCGCCGCUCCGCAGGGUGGAAUCCUAGAAGGAGGGAACCCUACUGUCUACAGUCCUUCAAAUCCUAUUGUUUUGUUCAUAAUUCAGGCGGGCAUCAUCAUUAUCUUCUGUCGUCUUCUUCAUUACCCUUUGUCCAAACUUCGACAACCUCGAGUCAUUGCAGAAGUAAUAGGCGGAAUCAUUUUGGGUCCUUCAGUCAUGAUGCGCAUUCCUGGGUUUCAAGAAACUAUAUUCCCCGUUGCCUCGAUGCCAGUUUUGAACAUGGCCGCCAAUCUCGGAUUGAUACUCUUUCUUUUCCUCGUUGGUCUAGAAGUUAAUAUGCGACUGUUUCUUGGUAACUGGAGAGUAGCCCUGAGCGUUGGAUUGGCCGGAAUGAUAUUGCCUUUUGGCUUGGGUUGCGCCGUUGCUUACGGUCUGUAUAACGAGUUUCGAAAUGAUCCGGGAACUGUGCCUAUCUCAUUCCCAGUCUAUAUGCUAUUCGUCGGUACAGCUCUUGCGAUCACAGCUUUCCCUGUCCUCUGUAGAAUCCUUACCGAGUUAAACCUCCUCGCUACACCCGUCGGAGUCACAGUUCUCGCUGCUGGAGUUGGUAAUGAUGUGACAGGAUGGAUUCUUUUAGCCCUUUGCGUUGCAUUGGUCAAUAACGGAUCGGGGCUCGCAGCCUUAUGGGUGUUGCUCGUUUGUGUUGGCUGGUGUCUUUUCUUAGUUUACGCUGUUCGUCCUGUGUUUAGGUAUAUCCUUCGCCGCAACGGAAGUCUUGAAAAUGGCCCCUCUCAGGGAAUGGUUGCUCUCACGAUACUAAUCGUCCUGACAUCGUCUUGGUUUACUGCCAUCAUUGGAGUUCACGCUAUCUUUGGAGCUUUCCUCGCUGGACUCAUAUGUCCCCAUGAAGGUGGUUUUGCUAUUCAUCUCACAGAAAAGAUCGAGGAUCUAGUCGCAGUGCUACUCCUUCCACUUUAUUUCGCCUUGUCUGGAUUAAGUACAAAUCUUGGUCUACUGAACGAUGGAAUUACAUGGGGUUAUGUUAUUGCAAUUAUUGUUGUUGCAUUCUCAGGCAAAAUCAUUGGAGGUACGCUUGCGGCCAAGGCUUGUAGGCUUGUCUGGCGUGAAAGUCUCAGUAUCGGAGUUUUGAUGAGUUGUAAAGGUCUUGUUGAAUUGAUUGUCCUUAAUAUUGGGUUACAAGCCAAAAUUUUGUCCACAAGGACUUUCACGAUAUUUGUUGUGAUGGCACUUGUCACAACCGUUGCCACAACGCCGUUAACAACCGCACUAUACCCUCCUUGGUACCAGAAGAAACUCGAGGCCUGGAAGAAGGGGGAAAUUGAUUGGGAAGGUAACAGACUUCAUCCUGAGGGCGAUGAGUAUACCCCGGACCGCUCCUUGGAAAAGUUGGAAUCCACUCAAGUCCGACGACUUCUUGUCUACCUCAGACUUGAUAGUCUUCCUAGCUUGUUCACUUUCAUUGCACUAUUGGGUGGUGAUAACACGAGUACGGUUACCAAAGUCCACAGGUCGAAAGCGGAAUUGGAAACAGUAGAUGAGGAUGGUACUCCUUCAUCAUUGGUUCCUAAGAAACAGCCACUUGAGGUUCAUGGUGUUCGUCUGUUAGAACUUACUGAUCGUACUUCUUCAGUCAUGGCUGAAGUUGACGAAUACACACACCGUGAUCCAGUCGUUAACGCCUUCCGCACCUUUGCUCAACUAAAUAACGUCGCCGUCUCAGGUGGGGUUUCCGUCGUUCCUGAGUCGGAUUAUGCAGAGGCUUUGACCACACAAGCAGCAGACAACUUUUCUGAUCUAGUCCUCAUCCCUUGGACCGAACCUAGUAUUCUACCAGUCAAUGAAGCCCAUCAUGAUUCAUUUUCUAGCGGCCUCCAAGAUAUUUUCAUCCAGAAGACGCUUGAAAUCGCUAAUUGCAAUAUUGCCAUUUUCAUCAAUCGUGGCUUUGGUGGACCAACCCUGAGGGAGCCUCGCAAUCUCUCAUCAAGUGCUAGUCGACUUAGUCUUCGCAGUAGUCAACGAGCAGAAAGAGUUGCUCCUAUCGCAGAUCGCAGUCACCAUGUUUAUUUUCCAUUUUUCGGUGGCGCUGAUGAUCGUGUUGCUCUUCGUUUUGUUCUUCAACUAGCGCAAAACAGUAACAUCACAGCAACCAUCAUUCAUUUUAUCACUCCUAUUCAUAGUCCCAAGACAUUUGAAGUAAAGCAUAGCUCUCGUCCAGCCACUGCUACCGGUUCUCAGCACGGUGGUAGUUCUGGUUCGGCGUUACGUAUCACGGAACGUGUCGAUACUGAGGAUCUUUACAAUGCAGCUGCAUCCGACACCGCUCUUCUACACACAUUACGAGACUCCUUACCUCAAGCAUUGACGAAUAGAGUAGUUUUUGUCGAUGUUAAGACUACAACCCCAUUGACCGAUUGUUUACACCACGCAAAGGUUGAAAUGGGACAAAGUCCUCGAAAUGCAGGAGACUUGAUCGUUACAGGUAGAGGUAAAAGCUCGCUUGCUAUGGCGCUAAUUAAUGAGGAGAGCGCCAGUGGGGAGAGUGGAAAGGAAAUGAGAAAGACCGUAGGAGUGGCGGCAGAGGCACUGAUUAGCAGUGGAGUUAGGGGAAGUGUUUUGGUCAUUCAAGCUGGAGGGCGAGGUCUGGAAAGUUGAAGAGUUCAUUAAGAGAACCAUAUACUUUUGGAUAAUAUUCAAGGCGGAACUCAUGCUACUUCGGUCGGGUCAGGUAUACAGGGGUGCUUUAGGUGCAUAUGGGACUUGAGUACAGGGUGGAAUUUGGUGUUUUUUGGGAUACGAUACCUUAUUAUGUGAUAUGACAGGAUAUACGUGGUUGCUUUUCAUUUCUUACAUACUGGAUAUACAUGUGGUGGUUUAUCACAUUGACGAACUAGGAAGUCGUUUUGGCGGUUUUUUGGAUGAUCCAAAUUUGGAUCAAUGCAUACUUCAUAUCUGGUCUAGUUUAGCAUUGCAUUGAAUUUCUGAAUACAAUUCCUGGACCGAGAAUCAUUCUAGCUAAUAACAAGGUCGUUGCUUGACCUCCU